AAGACAAAAGAAAACCUUUUUACUUCAAUAAUUUAAUUCCUCCCCCUCUUUUUUCCGUCUAAUUUUUGCCCAAAUUUGUUUGUAAUUAGUUACCAUUUCUAAAAAUUUAUAAAAUUUGGAGAAGAAGAACAGCAAGCGGGGAAGAAGAAGCAUCUGCAUUUCGCCUAAUCUUCCUUCUGCUGAAGAACAAUCCUUAAAAAAAGCAAAAACAGAGAGAUCUCUGGCUUUUUCGAGUAAGCCCCGUAAGUAAAAAUCCGUUCUUUUUGCUUUGUUUUUUCGUUUUGUGUUUUGUUCUAUCGAGAAAGGAAAUCUUUAGCUUUUAGAAAGGAGAAGAAGGGGGAUUUUUUCUGAUGCCGGAAAAGGGGUUGCUUCCGGUGACGUCAAAUUCAUGGCUUCCGAGGGCUUCUCCUUUGUUGCAUUACCGAUUUGGGGUUCUAACGGCGUUGAUUCUUCUAAGUAUGUUGGUUCUUUGGAGCAUCGAUGGCUGCACCAUUGAAACCUUCAUCAAAACUUGGACCUCCCCACAGGAUUUCUUCUCUGUUUCUUCCAAUUUCACCUCCUACAAACCCGAAAAUUACCCCAAAUCCGUCUUGAUCGAACCCGUUCCGCCGCUGAAAAACUCCACCGAACCGGCGGUUUCCGAUGGGUCUGUUUCUGAUUGGUUUUCAGCUGGGAUUGAGCCGAAUUUUACCUCGAAUCUUCUCGCUCUGUGGAUGGCCCCCGGCGGCGAGCCUUGCCGGGACUCGCAGACGGCGGAGAUCGCCAUCGCCGGGAUGGAAGGCUCGGAAAUGGUGAAGCUUUCUACAGGGGACGUUCAUGAGUUCCAAUUUCAAGCUCUGGAUGAAUCUGGAAACCCUCAUUGUUUGGGGGGAGACUAUUUUGAAACUGAUCUCUCCGGCGAUUUGUGGAAAUCUCGGCCGUUUGUUAAGGAUUUCGGUAAUGGGUCUUACUCGUUUACGCUUCAGGUGCACCCUGAUUUCGCAGGAGAGUACAAUCUCACUGUCAUUCUUCUGUUUCGACAUUUCGAGGGGCUUAAGCUUUCCCCGACGCGAUUCGCCUACGAUCGGGAGCUUCGGAGAAUCAGGGUCCAGUUCUACAAGACGGCAGUUGUGUUGCCGGAGAUUAAGAGCUGCCGGAGCUCUGAUUUUAGAAGAGAGAUUUGGAGCGGGCGGUGGACUCGGCAGGGGAGGAAUGACAGCUGCGAGAUCAGCGAUGACGGUCGGUACCGAUGUUUUCCGCCGGAUUAUCCUUGCCGGAGGCCUUGGUGUAAUGGGUCGUUGGGUUUGUUGGAGAGCAAUGGGUGGGUUUACUCUGCUCAUUGUUCGUUUCAGAUGUUUUCUACUGGUUCUGCUUGGGAUUGCUUGCAGGGUCGAUGGAUUUUCUUUUGGGGCGAUUCGAAUCAUGUCGAUACGAUCAGGAAUCUCCUCAACUUUGUCUUGGAUUUGCCCGAAAUCCCCUCGGUUCCGAGGCGAUUCGAUAGGAAUUUCUCCAACCCGAACAAUCCAUCUCAAACCGUUCGCAUUACCAGCAUCUUCAAUGGGCAUUGGAAUGAUACACAGAACUACGAAGGUCUAAAUUCCUUGAGAAAUGAAGGGUUCAGAAAUCUUCUGUACAAGUACUUCUCAGAAGAAACCGUUCCCGACACAAUCAUCAUGAACUCGGGCCUCCACGAUGGCGUUCACUGGACUAGUAUCCGAGGUUUCUCCGUUGGGGCAGCCUAUGCUGCAUCCUUUUGGAAGCAAGUUUUGGAAUCCAUCAAGCAAAGGGGAUUAGUAGCCCCGAAAGUGUUCUACCGAACCACAGUCGCAACCGGUGGAUACGCUCGAACGCUCGCGUUCAAUCCCUACAAAAUGGAAGUGUUCAACUGGGUGGUGCUGGAGAAGUUUAAGGGAUCGGGGGUCAUCCACGGCGUGAUCGACAACUUCGACAUGACAUUCCCCUGGCAUUUCGACAACCGGUGCAACGACGGAGUCCAUUACGGGCGAGGCCCGGCCAAGAUGAAAUGGAGGGACGGCGAAAUCGGGCACCAGUAUUUCGUAGACCUGAUGUUAGCUCAUAUACUUCUCAAUGCCCUCUGCGUUUGAUUCAUCCAUACCAAUUGAGAGGAAGAACAUAACUGGAAGUCCAUUUUUUUAGUUAGAUUCACAACAUUCUUUGGUAGCUUAAAAAUGGCCAUUAAUGGAGGAUUUAUCCAAGCUGAUAUUGAAGAACUGAUACUGGUUCUGUGAUGAACUACAGAAGCAGCAGCAAAUAGUUGGUAUUGCUCUGUAAAUUUUGGUGGGUGAGUGGUGAAAUUUUAUUUGUAGUAAGACAGGC